CCUUAUCUGCCAUUUUUUUUAAAUAUAAUCUUUGCAUGAUGUGUUAGUAAUACUUGGAAUUUUAGAUAACCAGUUCAUGCUUUGAGAGAGCUAGGAUUUUUCAGUAUGCACAAAUGAAAAAUACGGCCUUUAUUAUCUAUCAGUUCACAGAUUUUUGUGGAGUACUUAUUGAUUUACCGGCAAUAGCUUGUACAAGCGCUGAUUACCCAACUUUUCCUACGCUUUAUUUUACCAGCAACAGAUUGAACAAACAGAGAUAAGAUUAUAGUAGCCGACCAAACAUGGCUCCAUGAUCGAGCAAACAGUGAACUUUGAUUUAUCAUCAUACUGUAUCUGAAUUGCAAUAUGCCUAUAAAGAGCAAAUACUGGAUAAAUUAUGUUUGUUUAAAUUUAUUUGCACACUUUUUAGUUGAAUUAUAGUAUGCAACACAUCUUUCAAUCCACAUAGUCAUAAAAUGGAGAUGUUCUCCUAUUAUUUACUCCAGCAAGAUUAGAUUAAUCUUCUGCUAACUCCAGGUUAGUGACAUGUCUCUUGCUGAUUACAUCGCUGUGACUCCUCCAAAACAUGCUACAUACCUUCCUCAAACUGCUGGAAGAUAUUCUGCUAAGAGGUUCCGCAAGGCUCAGUGCCCAAUUAUUGAAAGACUUACCAAUUCUUUGAUGAUGCAUGGCCGGAACAAUGGAAAGAAGCUUAUGGCUGUCUACAUAAUUAAACAUGCUAUGGAAAUUAUUCAUUUGCUUACUGAUGCAAAUCCAAUCCAAAUUGUGGUUGAUGCGAUCAUUAACAGAGGGAGCACGCCGCGCUCAUGCAAGCCCAGAGGAAGUUUCAGAUCGCCCACUACGGGAGGAUUCCGGCCAAGAUCGAGGAGUUGGCGGGUUCUAUUGAGUGUCCCGACAUUGCCAUGAGCGCCUCCCAAGAAGAGAAGAAGUGCAACUUCAUAACACUAAGUUCAGAUCCUGUGUAUGUUGCUUAUCAUGAUGAGGAAUGGGGAGUUCUAGUUCAUGAUGACAGGGUGUUGUUUGAGUUGCUUGUUCUAACAGGAGCUCAAGUGGAGAUGGACUGGACUACUAUACUGAAGAAGAGGAAUGAAUUCAGGGUGGCAUUUGCUGAAUUUGAUGCAGAGUCUGUCUCCAAGUUCACAGAGAAGCAGAUGGUUUCCAUCAGUGUGGAACUGAAGCUGGAUUUAGGAAGAGUUAGAGGAAUAUCACUAUCUACUUUGAAAUAGAAUUAGUGUUAAUUUUGAUAUUUACUAGCUUCUUAUGUAAUUAAAUACUAAUAUUACUUCAAUGUCAGAAUUCUAUUA